ACCUAUAAGCUCCAGUAUUUACCUUUGUUUUGUUUACAAGGAUGAGACCCAAUAGAGAUGCUUCGAAUUUGGAUUUGAAUUGGAACUAGCGUAAUUAAUUGAUCAUGGUAGAACCGAUGGUGGAUGAAACAUGAACGCCACUAACCUUUAUGUGACCACUUGUCGGCUGGUCAUGCAGGCCGAUCCAGAAAAUCGGGAUAGUUGGACAGAGCUGUACAAGUUGUUGCCUUACCUUCGUCAGUCCCUUUCCUGUACGGUUUGUGGUAAAUUACUUUCUGAGCCAUACACACCUACUGAAACAAGCUGUCAACAUCAUGUCUGUAGAAAGUGUCUUGGUGGAAAGAAGCGCCUAAAGCCCUCUUGUAGUUGGUGUAAAGAUUACAGCAUGUAUGUUGACAAUGUUCAAAUUAAAUUGGUAUUACAGUGCUACAGAAAACUUUGUGAAUACAUUAAGUUCACACCAAUUUAUUGUAAACUGUGCUCCAUAUACAGUAAUGGGGGUCAGUUUAGUCUCACUGACAUGAUAGAAGAAGCAAUAGAUAAUACUAUUAAUAGAUGUGAUGAAACAAACAGUGUGCGUUGUGAACAUGAGAGUGAUAGUAAAGAAAGACUUUCAGUACCUCAAACAAGUGGCGCUAAUACAGUCGUUACACCCAUAAAUACCUCCCAUUCUGUUCCGAAGCAACCAUUGUGGAGACACUCAACGCAAGCUUCUCCGUCACAACAGUCAACACCAACGAUAGGUUUAGGUUUGGUACAUGUUUCCUCUCAACCUGUAAAUUCUACAGCUCCACCAGUUUCAUGUCCGCCAACUUCCUUAAGUUCUGUGAAAGCAGUUCUGUCUACUCCACCACCACCGCCGCCACCACCACCACCACCUGUUAUGCAAACAACUCAUCACUCACCAUUGCAACCAGUUGCUACAACUACUACUACUACAACAACCAUCAGUGGAACAUCUGGAUCAAGUUUUGUACCCGGUACAAUUUUUCCAAGUACAAAUAUAGUUAAGCACAGUGUUGUUAAGGAAGUACCUUACCCUAAACAUAAUUCAUCAGUCAAUAAUGGGUCCUCCAUAUAUUCUGUUAUGUAUGCUGAAGGUGACAGUACAAAAAUAACUAUCAAAAGAAAGCCUCCUGAUAUAGAAAGUUCUAACAAAAGUGUUCCUAUUGUACCAGAAACUAAUUAUUUAAGUCAAGAACUGAUAAAAAAGCCUAAACCUAAACCUAAACCAAAACCAAAGCGUAAAGGAUGCCGAUGUGGUAAUGCAACCCCAACACCUGGAAAACUGACUUGUUGUGGGCAGAGAUGUCCUUGCUAUGUUGAAGCUAAAGCAUGCAUAGAGUGUCGCUGUAGAGGUUGCCGGAACCCUCAUCGGCCUGGUGGGAAAAAAGUACGGCCCGUUAUCCCACAAUUAGCAAACAUCCAGAUUCAUCAGGUUCAACCAGUGCAUGGUCGCAGUACUUCUUCAUCCAUCACUAAUAAUACCACGACCACUAGUUCCAGUAACAUCAUCCCACCUCCCACAUCAACAGUCAUCACGCAUACAACUUUGCCUCAGACUAUCAGAGCAGUGCAAGCCAUGCAUGCUGUGCAAGCUGUGCAUGGUGUCAGUAAUGUACAAGCAGUGGCUGGUGGAAUCCAUCAGCUUAUAAGCCUAGGAGGUGGGAUGGUACAAACUCCACUCUCAUCAGGGCUUGGCAUUAAUCCUGUUGCGAGCCUAGCUGUGAAACCUGUUAGUCUGGCUCUCACAUCUGUGCCAGCACAACUUUUGAUCAAUGAUGACAGAUCAACCUCUAAUAGUACUUCAGAUGACAGUGAUGUAGAUGUGGACAUAUAGCACAGGUAGAGAAUAUUUGGAAGUUAUUUUCAGAAUGUUCACAAUUUGUGUGUAAAGUGAGAACUGGAAAAAUAUUUUUAUGAAUGUUUUUUAAUUAAAUUUGUUAACGUGACAUGAAAAAUUAUUUGUUAAAAAUAAGCAAACAACUGUAUACAAAUAUUAUGGAAUAUUUUAAAAUUUUGCUAUUUUACUGCUAAUCUAUAUUUUUAAUUCUUCACCAUCUCUUACCUGUCAGUAUUUUAUUCUACAUUCCUUACUUUGAGGCAAUUUACAGUUUUAGGAUAUUUCAGUCAGUAUGAUUAAGCCUGUUAUGCUGGGUAUUUUGAGGCUUAUUUUAGUGAAUAUUUCUGAUUUGUAAGACCUACAAUUAUGUUGCAAUUGUAACUUUAAAAAACACAUUAAGUAUACUCUAAUGUAUAAUUACAACUGGUGAGGCCUAAAGUUAUCUGGUUUAAAACUAAAGAAGAAAUGCUUUUAGAGGAACAAUUUAGCCUGAGUUCCAGUGAAAAAAUUGCCCGGUUAUUAUUAUUAUUAUUUUUUUAGAAAACUUGUAUUGGGUAGGUAAUUUUAUAUACAGUAUAUAUGAUACAUUGAUCAGGCAGAAGAAGGUAUGGUGAUACAGAUUAUCUCUCGAGUAUCUCAGGUUUUCUGAAUUCAAUCCUAAACUUAUUUUUUUUUUUCCGUCUCUUCAUGUUUGUGAAUAUAAUAAGAGCAGUUUUAAUCUUCAGUUUAUUUAGUUUGCAAAUACUACUUGUUUCUCAAAUUAUUUUUAUAUUUUAUUUAUGAAGCAGUUUUGUUAAACUAUUAAUUACCAUUGGAGAACCUGUAUUUGAAUAAAUGUUACUUGUGAUUC